CGUUGUGGUCAGAGCCCCUCCCUAUUUGUCUGUCACAACAGUUACUGAGUUGCGUAGACUUGUGGUGAUGACUAUUUUGGUAUGUCUAUGAAAGUUAGAGACUAGCAAGACAAAUUGCCACCCAACCGACAACGUGUAACUUGGAAACGCUACUACGUAGUAACCUAAUUAAAUGGCCUAUGCCAAGCCCCAUGGGUGUCUAGGUUUACAGUCUUCCUUUUCGCGGCGUUCAAAACAAUUAGUGGCACACGUGACCAGUUGCAGCUGGUCAGAGGUGAGUGAAUCAGAUCUCUGCAACGUCGGAGCUGUGUUGUACACUCGAUCUCGAGUAGCUGCAGAGCAACGCGAUCGAACGGUUUUGGCUGUUGCAAAACGGAUCGUAAAAGCUAUAUAUUUGCACACUAUCUGAUUACAUCCCGGAUGAGAAAUUACAGAAGAAAAAGAGAAUCGAGUAUUUCAAUACUGGCAUGUUUGUGUUUGUUCUCGGUCGUUAGCUCUCAGUCCAACGACGAAUCGAUGGUCGUAAGAGGACCUUGCAGCCUUGCGAAUAUAGACGGCGACUGUGGAAAGCGAGAUAAGAGAUACGGUAACGUCAUUAUCGGAGGUCUCUUUCCUGUCCACAAAGCGGAGAGAGACGAUGAAGGACUGGUCACGUGCGAAAACACGGUUACGUCGCUAAACGAAUUCGGAUUCGAACGCCUGGAGGCCAUGCGGUAUGCGGUACUCAAAGCCAAUCGGGAGAAGGUUUUAGGAAACAUCAGUAUUGGAUACGAAAUACGAGACACGUGUCAGGAUAGUAGCUAUGCGCUGCGUCAGUCUCUUUCGUUUUUGAACAUCGGUUCGUUGAAUGACGGCGAUUACAGUUUUACUGUGGGCGUUGCCGGGGCAGCGAGAAGUGGAAUUUCCAUCGCUGUGACCGACUUGCUUAAUCUCUUUGGAGUCCCGCUCGUUAGCUAUGCGUCCACGUCCGCCGCGCUGAGCGAUACCAAACGUUUCCCAUCAUUUUUCCGAACGCUGCCUCCGGACAAAUUCCAGACGAGAGCGAUGGUUGAUAUUUUGCUCAAAUUGGGAUGGCGUUACGUCCACACGGCAUCGUCAACAGACGUUUAUGGCAAAGACGGCAUUGAAUCGUUUAUCGAAGCUGCCAGAGCAGCCGAAAUCGAUAUCGGGGUACAAUUGCGACUGCCUCGAAAAACGGAAGACGUACAACGAGCACGCGAAUCUAUUCAGAUGGCAGUUCGAGGAAAUCUGAGCAAUCUGUCGAGCGCUAAUCCACUAAGUCGAGGAAAUCUGAUGGUCAUAUUUGCUCAACUAGACGUCGCAAAGAACGUGAUGGCUGCAAUCGCGAAUACAACCGAAUUAAGAAACCGUAAGUUCACGUUCAUCGUUUCGGACGAUCCAGGCGACAAAAGAGAGUCUGUGUAUGAUCCCCAUGAGAACAUUAACAGUCUUGCCGUCGCUAGGGGAAUGCUGUCGGUCAUACCCGAAUCUGUCAAAGUGAAGGGAUUGGAAGACCACAUGAAGAGUCUAAACCCGAACAACUAUACCUUCGCCGAGAAUCCGUGGUUCGCACAGUACUGGGAAAAACGGUUUGGCUGCAACCCGCUUGAAGGCACAAAUUCCUCAGUCUACAAAUGUCGAAAUAACAACACUCUGGCAACCGCUACCCAACCUCUGGAUAGUAAAGUCGCUUAUGUGAUCGACGCCGUUAAUGUAUUGGUAUACGCGUUGAGAGAUCUGUUGAAGGACAAGUGCAGAGGCAAAGUCGAGAUGUGCAGCAAUGCGAGUUCGUGUUUCGAAGGCUUGAAGUUCUGCUCAGCCGAAUUUAAACGGUACAUCACGAACGUGCGCUUCGAAGCUCAAUCUGGUGUAGAGUUUAAGUUCGAUAAGGCAGGCGACUUCGUUCAGGCAAAAUACGACAUCAAAAACCUUCACGUCGAUGAACAGAAAACUGGAAACAAUGAUAAAUUCGACUUUGUGUCUGUUGGUACGUGGCAAUUGACAAGUAACCGUAACGAUUCUCUUUACUUGAACGACGAAAAGCUAUUGUGGUUAACUGGAAAAAGGGGAGUGCUAAAUGCUCCCGUCACUAACUGCAGCGAAGACUGCGACCCCGGUCAGUAUAGAGCUCGCAUUUCCGUUGGAGACAGCAGAGUGACUUUUACGUGUUGGAAUUGUACAAAUUGCAGCCGGCUUCAUCAUUACGUCUCGUACGAGACUGAUUGGUACGGCGAGUGUAAAGAGUGUCCGGAAAAUGCUACAAAUAGUAGUCACCAUACGGGUUGUAUUACACUGGAGGUUCAAUAUCUUAAAUAUGGAAACGGUCUUGCAGUUUUCUUCGUGAUUUUUGCCGUCUUCGGAAUUACUUUGGUCGCGGCAACGUUUGUUACGUAUUUUGUUCGAUGGGGCACACCUCUUAUCAUGGCGUCAGGUCGAGAGCUGAGUAUUGUUCUUCUCUCGGGUUUACUGCUCUGCUUCUUGCUGACGUUCGUCUUUAUCGGCGAGCCGACCAAUUUGACUUGUGGUAUUAUAAGAUUUUGUCCUGCUGUGUUUUUGUCCAUGGUCUUUGGCUCGCUGCUGAUUAAGACCAACAGAAUUUCUCGCCUUUUCAAUCGUGGGCCAAAAGUGCAACGGCCACCAUUCAUCAGUCCGUUGAGUCAACUCGCACUCACGGCCAUUAUUGUUGCCAUAUCGUGUUGUAUCGCUGCAGCGUGGCUGAUGAUUUCACCUCCGGACGCCGAAACGCAGGUCGCGAUCGACCACGUCAAACUUGUCCGCAUCUGCAAAAAUCUAGUCGAUCCGGGUCUCUUCGUCACUUGGCUCUGGAUUUUCGCUCUUAUCGUUGUGUGCACCUAUUAUGGAUUGAGAACGCGCAAAAUUCCCGAGAACUUCCGCGAGACGUUGUUUAUCAGCUUCGCUGCGUAUUCCGAGUGCGUCAUCUGGCUGGCUCUCAUCCCGUUCGGAUUCAUCGGACUCGACGACCAAUACGUUACCGCCAUCGCCUCGCUCGCUAUAGUGCUUAGUGCUUUAGCGGCGUGGGGAUGUCUAUUCGUUCCCAAGUUGUAUAUCGUUCUUUUGAGGCCGGAGAGGAAUAAACGUCAAACAACGCAUCAGCCGUCGUCUCAACCGUCAAUGAAUAGCGUUGGCUCUCACACACAAAGAUGGCACGUCAAGGAUCACAAGGAAAAAGGACACGGAACAUGCGAAAUCAAGUCGACUUCGUAAAGACAACUACAAGACGUCUACUUUUUUUUUAGCUAACUUGUAGGUUAUAGAUUGCGUAAAACGAGGAUGGUGUGUGAUGAUGACAGCUGACGAUAACAAACCCUAAUUAAAUUGGGUGUUAACAAAAUCGUGUAAUUGGCGAUCGGCUGUCGAAGCCGUAGUUUUUUCUGAAUUUGUAAUAUUUUGUAUUAUGUGAUAUAAUUUGCUGACUUUACUGUAUUGGACAGAAUGACGAGAAAGGAAUUAACUAUAACCUCUGU